CACGCCCAUCGCCAGACUCUAUGUACAAUAACAAAAAUACACGCCUGAUAUAUCUAUACAGAGCACAAAGUCACACGCACGCACACGUAUGUGUAGGUAUAUAAGAGUACGCGGCAUGGGUACACAAACUACGAGCGCAUAACAUAGGUCGCUGUAUACAUAGAGCUCAGAAUUUGCAUCUAUCCGAUUUGGAUCCAGCCAUCCUCGAACGACUCAAAUAUUGCUCGAUUUCGGUACUUGUCACUCGCCAGGAUCAUGGAGUCGUUUCUCAGCUCAUCCAAGAAUCGUCUGACGAAUUGGGGUUGCUCCAGGACCGGCGACAGCCCGAGGAUACGAGCUUACCUGGGCAAUCCAAGUUGCGACCUCGAUUCGGCCGUGUGUGCCUUGGCUCAGGCCUAUCUCGAGUACCAAAUCGCCAGAGACGGGAGUUCGGACGGGCGUAGAGAGCCGGAUCACGUCUUCCUGCCGGUGCUCAAUGUCAAAAGGAAUGAGUUUCGCACCAAAACCGAAGUCCGCCACCAUCUACGCGAAUGCAACGUCGAUGUAGACUCGUUGACUUUUCGUGACGAAGUCGACCUGCAGCGCAUCCACGAGCAGGGCAAACUGGACCUGAGCCUGCUGGACCAUCACGCGUUGACGGGUGACGACUCGGGGCUCAGGGGCUCGGUGCGCUCGGUAAUCGACCAUCGUCCCCAAGACCGCGAUUGGCCGUGGCUGGACUGCGAUCUCGUCCUGGAGCAGGUGGGCAGCUGCGCGUCCCUCGUCGCCCGGAACGUGCUGCGUCGCCGACCGAGCAGCAUGUCGGAGCUCGGCAAACUCUUACUGGGUCCAAUUCUUAUCGACACAGCAAACUUUUCGAAAGAGGCAGACCGAGCCAGACCGUUGGAUCGCGAGAUGGCAGAGGAAAUCGAAAAAAUUUGCUGCUUCAGUGCUUCAGAACGUCGCCAAUUGUACGAGCAAAUUCUCAAAGCAAAAACGGACAUAAGUGAGCUGACCCCGGACGAUCUUUUAAUUAGGGAUCUCAAAGUCGUCAAUGGCGUGUCAAUACCGGGAUUUCCUAUUUUAGUUCGGGACUUUCUGCAAUUGAAAGGCGCAUCGGAGGCGCUUCGAGCUUUCUGCGAGGCACGAAAUUGUCACACAGUCGUCCUUAUCGGAAUGGAACUGAAGGAAGAGCGACUGACAAGGGACAUAGGCGUCUACUCAUUGGACGCCGAUCGAGCGGCAAAUAAAUUAAUCGAGGCAUUGAAAAGCUCAACCGAGCCGAAACUCGAGCUGACGGAGGUGAAACGUAACGAACAGGACGAGCAUCAGCGGCAAGAGACUAGAGGCAGCAGCAGCAUCAGCAGUGGUGGCGGCGAGCUCGACGGAAAGUUCUUGGCUCUGUACACGCAAGCCAACGUACGAGCAUCGCGCAAGCAAAUACUGCCGAUUAUUCAGAAGGCUACCGCAUCAUCCUCUUCCACUCAUAGCUAGAUUUAGUUGCUUCGUCGAGGUCGUCGUCGUUGUCGACCAAGCGUUGGCGGCGGCAAAGUCGGCCUCUGUAGAAGCGCUGUAUAUGGUUCAUUCUCCAGAAUUCUGCUCAUUACGUGCUCACAUGUCACGUUCCUAAACUAACGCAAAUAAACCAAAACCAAGUACGUCGGCAUUCGCUCGAUAUCAUUGUAUUCUUCCCGAUUCCACUGAAAAAAUUCAAAUUUUUCUUUACAAAUUUGCGUUUCUCGAAUAAGCAACUUUCUGGAGAAUAAACCAUGCACAAAGCAAUACGCGCAAACAACGACGAGGAUUUGUAACGUGAGCCGCACGCCCAAAACUUCGAACUCGGCGUCGCGCGUACAAUAGAAGCUGCCAUCGAUGCUGUCUCCAACUCCCUCGUUCUCGCUUUUCCUCCCUCUCUUUCCCCUCGCCUGUACUCAAAUAGACUAGCUUGCCUCCAUUUAACGAAUUAACAUAAGCUAAUCUUUGGUGUGUGAGGAUUGGAGUGUUCACAAAGAGAACGAGGCACGAGCAAAAUAUUUUUGCUGUCUUGGUUCCUUAUUACCGAAUUAAUCUAAUAUUUGUAUUGAACUAACAAAUAAAUUAUACUCAAGCAUAACCGCUUUAGAAACUUGUUACUGUUGAAGUCCUUCUAUAUGUUGAUUCAGCAUAUUAGUAGGGUGGCCACAGCUAAGGUGGAAUGAAAUAUUGUUCAAAUAUGUUUGAAAUUUUUCACUUUUUACUCAGAAUUAGGCACUGCCCUGAUAUAAAUAAAAUGUAUGAUUUUUAUGAAUAA